AUGCUGCGUAUUUCUGUAAGUAUUUAUGGUAGGGUAUUGGAACUUGGUUUGGAGACAUAUGAAAUCAAUCCCAUACUCUUGGAUAAAAAUUGGAGUGGCGCAUUUUCCGAGGUACGGCUGGCCGAAAGCAAGGAAAACCCCGGUGAGCAUUUUGCUGUUAAAAUCAUCGAUAAAAAAGCGUUAAAAGGAAAAGAGGAAUCGCUGGAAAAUGAAAUUCGGGUUCUUAGAAGGUUCAGUGCCAAUGAUCCCGAUAACGGAGCGCGAUUAACGCAUCCAAAUAUCGUACAACUCUUGGAGACCUUUGAAGACAAGUCGAAAGUUUACUUGGUCAUGGAAUUAGUAACUGGUGGCGAACUAUUUGAUCGCAUUGUUGAGAAAGGUUCAUAUACCGAAAAAGAUGCAUCUGGUCUUAUAAGACAAAUUCUUGAAGCCGUAGACUAUAUGCAUGAGCAAGGUGUGGUGCAUAGAGAUCUGAAGCCAGAAAACCUUCUUUACUACAGCCCGGAUGACGGUAGUAAAAUUAUGAUAAGCGAUUUUGGUUUGUCGAAAAUGGAGGAUUCAGGUAUAAUGGCUACAGCAUGUGGUACUCCUGGUUACGUAGCUCCAGAAGUCUUGGCACAAAAACCGUAUGGAAAAGCAGUCGAUGUUUGGAGCAUAGGAGUUAUAUCAUAUAUAUUACUCUGUGGCUAUCCACCGUUUUAUGAUGAAAAUGAUGCCAACUUAUUUGCCCAAAUUUUAAAAGGAGAGUUUGAGUUCGACUCACCGUACUGGGAUGAAAUAAGCGAGUCAGCAAAACAUUUUAUACAAAAUUUAAUGUGCGUAAACGUGGAAAAACGUUACACCUGCAAGCAAGCCUUAGCACACCCUUGGUGA